AUGGGUUUAAAAAUUGUUGACGGUUCAAUUGUACAUGACAAUUUAACUUCUUCAUCGCCUCCAUCAGUCACAAAUUCUUCACCACUUUUAAAUACUAAAAGAAGAAACAGUAUUACUAGUUUAAGUGAUUAUAAAAAAAAUAAAGAUACUUUAAAUAAUUCAAAUAAUAAUAUAAACCAACCUUUUGAAAAUAGUAAUAAUUUUAAUAACAAUAGUAAAGAAAUAAAAAAUGAAAAUAAAAUUAAAAAUUUUUUCCAACAUUUAUUUUCAAUAUUACUAUUAAAAAAUCCAACAAUGAUUCAAAUAAUUGAAACAUUAGAACUCUCAACAAACAUUUACAAUAUUCAAUUUAAAUUAAAAUAUUUAUUGGCCAUAUGUGUUUCCUCUCAAAUAAUUUUCAAAUCUUCUGGAUUACUUAUUACUUUGUUAGUUUUAUAUUUGGGAACAUUUUUUAAUAAAAUUUCAAUAAAUAAUAAAGAUAAAAAUAAAAACAAUAAUACAAUAGAUUAUAGUUUAAAAAACAAUAAUAUUGAUACAAGUUUAAUUAAAGAUAUAAAUAAUAGUGUUAUUAGUAAUAAUAGUAGCAAUAGCAAUAAUAAUAAUAUUAAUAAUAGUAAUAAUAAUAACAAUAAUAAUAAUAGAAUAUUGUCACCGAAUCAGUUAUCAAAAUCAUCAAAUGUUGAAUAUAAUAAAUGUAAAUGUAAAUCACCAACAACAUCAUCCAAUAACUAUCUUUCAAGUAGUCAAAGUAGAGUUCAAACAUUAUCUUCACCAAAUAUUUCACCUUGUAAUAUUUGUGUUUCACCAAAUCUUUUAUAUAAUUCAUUAUCGUCAUUAUCAUCAUCGUUACCAAUCAAUUCAUGCAACUAUAGUAUGAGUGAACAAGAAGGUGAUGAAUUUGAAAGUAACUUUGACUUUGAAGAUAGCCAAUAUGAAGAGUCUGAUGAGGAAGAUAACUCUAGUCCAGCUUUUCAUCUUUAUAGCUCACCAAAUCUCAGAGUUGCUUGUAAUAAAAUAUCAACAUUUUCACCAAAUGGAAGAAAAUUAGGAACAAAUUAA